UUGUAUUAUAUUUAUAUGUUAUUUUAUAAAUCACUUUAUUAUUUAUGUUUGUGUCAUUAUCUAUAUUAUCUCAUAAAGCCAUUUUUUAAAAAAAAAAAAUUAUUAUUUUUCUUUUCAGGCUUAUAUAACCAGCUACUCUUCUCUAAUCGAAAAGAUAUCAGAUUACUGGAUUAUGAUACAAGAAGAAAAAAUUCAUCUCGCAUACUCAUUAAAGACUUAGAUGAUGUGAAUUUUAUCGAUUAUUACUUUGAAAAUCGAACUAUUUUUUGGGCUGAUGCCGGAUUAGAGGAAAUUAGAAGCAGACAAAUCAAUGAUCCUGAAUCUGAUCGAAGCAUAAUAUCUACAGGAUUGAUUUCACCUGAUGGCUUAGCUGUGGAUUGGCUUGGGAAAAAAUUAUACUGGACUGAUUCUGAAACAAAUAGAAUAGAACUUAGUAAUCUUGAUGGAAACUUUCGAAAAGUUUUAUUUUGGAAGGACCUUGACCAGCCUAGAGCCAUUGCUCUUGUUCCUAUGGAUGGGUGGAUAUUUUGGACAGACUGGGGAGAAACACCUAAAAUUGAAAAGGCUAGCAUGGAUGGUAACCAACUCACAAGAAAAGUUAUAGUGCAAGAUGAAAACAACUGUGUGUCUAUAUGUUGGCCUAACGGUUUAGCUGUUGAUUAUGACAAUAAAAGAAUCUAUUGGACGGAUGCAAAAAUAAAAACCAUUGAAAGUGCAGAUUUUGAUGGUAAUCUUAGGCAAAGAAUCACUAAAGAAGCAGUUCCCCAUCCUUAUGCUAUCAGUCUCCAUCGUGAUACUCUUUAUUGGACUGACUGGUCAACCAAAGCUGUUCAUUCUUGUAGCAUCUUAACUGGGUGUGUUAAGAGAACAACUUUUGGGGGAUAUUUUACACCUAUGGGUCUUCAAGUUUAUCAUAAAGAUAGACAGCCUAUAGCUCAAACCCCUUGUGAUGAAAACAAUGGGGGAUGCUCCCACCUGUGUUUACUAUCUGCAAUUGAACCCUAUUAUUCCUGUGCUUGUCCAACUGGGGUGAGGUUAAAUUCUGAUGGAAAGUCUUGCAAAAAUGGCCCGCAAGAGCUUCUUUUACUUGUUAAAAGGACUGAUUUGCGAAGGAUUUCCUUAGAUACUCCUGAUUAUACAGAUGUUGUUUUAGAAAUUGAUGGUCUUAAACACGCUAUUGCUAUUGAUUAUGAUCCUGUUGAGCAAAAAAUAUACUGGACUGAUGAUGAAGCAAGAGUUAUAAGAAGAGCAGAGCUAAAUGGGACGGGAUGUGAGGACCUGGUUUCAGCUGAAGUUCAUCAUCCUGAUGGAAUUGCUAUUGAUUGGAUUGCACGUAAUAUGUACUGGACUGAUACGGGAACUGACCGUAUUGAGGUGGCAAGACUGAAUGGUACAUCAAGAAAAAUUCUUAUUACUGAGAAUUUGCAUGAACCCAGAGCAAUCAUAGUGGAUCCACCUGAAGG